GCGUGGGCGAGUCCUGAUUGCAGUCGGACCUGCAGUCGAGGCACUCAACAGUUUGCAGAAUGCCUCCCGCCCCUGAUCUCAUUGGAGCCUUCGGACCGCCCUGCCCAUGGCCACCGAUGCCCCCAUUUCACUGCCUGAGGAAGCCGAGGCUCAGACAGGCCUCCAGCCCCUUGGGAGGCUGUCCCGGGAGCGCGUGGCAGCGUCGGAUCUAGGAGCCGGCUCCCUCCAGCUCCCUCCUCCGCGCCGCCCCGGGGUGCGCCCGCCGCCGCCGGCACCACUGCCGAGCCUGGCUCCUCGCGUUGGCCGCGCUGUUGCUGGUAGGCACAGCCCCCGCCAGGCACCAUGGACUGGAAGACACUCCAGGCCCUACUGAGCGGCGUGAACAAGUACUCCACAGCGUUCGGGCGCAUCUGGCUGUCCGUGGUGUUUGUCUUCCGGGUGCUGGUGUACGUGGUAGCUGCAGAGCGCGUGUGGGGGGACGAGCAGAAGGACUUCGACUGCAACACCAAACAGCCCGGCUGCACCAACGUCUGCUACGACAACUUCUUCCCCAUCUCCAACAUCCGCCUCUGGGCCCUGCAGCUCAUCUUCGUCACGUGCCCCUCACUGCUGGUCAUCCUGCACGUGGCGUACCGUGAGGAGCGGGAGCGCCGUCACCGCCAGAAGCAUGGGGACCAGUGCACCAAGCUGUACGACAACGCAGGCAAGAAGCACGGGGGCCUGUGGUGGACCUACCUGUUCAGCCUCAUCUUCAAGCUCAUCAUCGAGUUCCUCUUCCUCUACCUGCUGCACACUCUCUGGCAUGGCUUCGACAUGCCGCGCCUGGUGCAGUGCGCCAACGUGGCCCCCUGCCCCAACACUGUGGACUGCUACAUCGCCCGGCCCACCGAGAAGAAAAUCUUCACCUACUUCAUGGUGGGCGCCUCAGCCGUCUGCAUCGUGCUCACCAUCUGUGAGCUCUGCUACCUCAUCUGCCACAGGGUCCUGCGAGCCGUGCGCAAGGACAAGCCUCAACGGGGCAGCACCCCCUCAUCCUUCGCCAGCCGGGCUUCCACCUGCCGCUGCCACCACAAGCUGGUGGAGGCAGGGGAGCUGGAUCAAGAUCCAGGCAAUAAGAAGCUGCAGGCUUCUGCACCCAACAUGACCCCCAUCUGACAACAGGACAGGGGCAGGGCAACACAGGGGCUGCCGGUGGCACAGGCAGGGUGGUGUGGCAGAGUGGAGAGGUCCUACGGGGGCUGAGUGGCUCCACUUUGAAUUCACUAAGCUAUGCAACCUUCAUUUUGGCAGAUAUUUUUUGACAGUAGGCACUGGGCUCUCUACCCAGGUAUAGGUAACCCACAGACCCAGUGGCAACCCAAAGUGCAGACUUUGAAACAAGCGAAUUAACUAUCUAUGCAUGCAAGGGGCCACUUAGGAUGCUGCUAGCAGGGCUCCUGGCUAACCCAGGAAGGGGCUUCUCUGAGGAUAUAAUGUGUAAAAGAGGUGAGGAGUGCUCCCAAGCAGAGACAGCAGCAGCCACAGAGGCCUGGAGCCCACGCAAACAGAGACGCUCGCCCUGGGCUAGCCUUGGUGCAUCUAAGGCAUCUCCACUCCCUCCGGAGUAGCCACCCAGAUUCCUACAGUGGAGAGGGGGUCUUCUCCCAGCAGCAGCAGGUCUGGAGGCCUGACAGUGAGCCUGACAAGAGGUGCUGGAGACACCCAGGGGUCCCCCAGGUCAUCACUUGGCUCAGUGGAAGCCCCCUUCCUCCAAAUCCUACUCCCUCAGCCUCAGACAGUGGAUGUUCCCAUCUUCCUCCCCACAACUGUGCUCAGCCUGGUUCCAGCCUUUCAGACCCUGCUCCCAGGGACUCGGGGUGGAUGCGCUGAUAGGACAUCCUCCACACAGCUUCCUUGAAAUCAAUAAAGGCUGUGUUUUAUA